AUGGAGCCAGGGGUAUCAACUGAUGAUCAAUUCUCAAAGCUGCAUCCCUGCUUUCCUCCGGACUCAAGGAUCGCAAUCGUAGGAGCAGGCCCGAGUGGAUUAUCUGCUGCUUAUGCUCUUUGUAAACUCGGUUAUUCAGAUGUAACCGUGUUUGAGAAAGAACGAUCUCCUGGAGGCAUGUGUGAAUCAGUUGAUAUUGAAGGAAGGAUAUAUGAUUUGGGAGGUCAAGUCCUCGCUGCAAAUAGUGCUCCUAGUGUAUUUCACCUGGCAAGAGAGAUUGGAGCCGAAACAGAAGAAAUGGAAACUCAUAAAUUUGCACUCAUAGACUCCUCGACCGGAGCUCUCAGAGAAAUGAAUCUUGUAGAAGAUUAUGUAUCUAUGAUCUCUCUCACAUUGAAACUCCAGGAUAAGGCAAAGGUGUCAGGUAGAAUUGGGGUACACGCCGUGAGUGAAAUAGCACCAGAUUUAACUCCCGAAUACCUCAAGGGUCAAGGCUUUCAAUCUGUUCCUAGAUCAGUAAUUUAUGGAUAUACUGCAUCAGGCUAUGGAUAUGUUCAAGAUAUGCCUUAUGCUUACAUUCAUGAGUUCACCAGGACUUCAAUGGCUGGAAAGAUUCGCCGGUUUAAAGGAGGUUACAUGAGUGUUUGGAAGAAACUGAGUGAAUACAUGCCAAUAAAGUUUUUUCCCAAUACCGAAGUACAAUCAAUAAAACGCAAUUCAUCCAGCAUCAGAGUCGAUGCUAAAAAUGAGAGUGGCGAUGAACAAGUUAUGGAGUUCGAUAAAAUUAUUAUAUCAGGUGCUUUCCCUUUCAACAACGGAAAAUUUUAUAGAUCACCUUCUUCGAACAUAACAGAAUUCUCGAGCAAUCGUAUUGACAUGAGUGAGCUCGAAAUGGAGUUGUUUUGUAAAGUACAGACUAUUGACUAUUAUACCACUGUCUUGAAGAUAAAGGGAUUGAAACAUAUUCCAAAGGGUUUCUAUUACUUUGACAAGUUUAUGGAUGAUCCGGCAGCUAUUGGAAACCCUGUUGCAAUGCAGAAAUUCUACGAUGACACGAAUAUAUUUUUGUUUUGGUCUUAUGGAAACUCGGCCGAUAUUCAGGGAUCAAAAGUAGAGGAGUUGGCGAUGAAUGCAGUCAUAAGUAUGGGAGGCCAAAUCGAAGAAGUGGUUUUACAACGGAGAUUUAAGUACUUUCCUCAUGUCAACAGUGAAGAAAUGAAGGACGGGUUUUACAAUAAGCUCGAGUUUCUACUACAGGGUCAACAGAAUACAUACUUCGUUGGUGGGCUCAUGGCAUUUGAGCUGACAGAGAGGAACUCCAGCUAUGCCAUGGAACUCGUCCGGAAGCAUUUUGCAAAUAAUAAUCCUGUUCCGAGUUAUCCAUAUGUCAAGAGACUUCUGAUGUUGAAGCCAAAUCGUACAUUAGUACCUAAGCAAUUAGAUGAAUCACCCGGUGUCCAGUUUCCUGAUCUUUCUUCUCUUGAUGCUUACUUGCAAUACUGGGCAAGUCAUAAUGCAACUCAAAGCAAGACACUGUAUACGUGGAUCAACGAAAAGGGACACGUUGCAGCUCAAAGAACAUACAAAGAACUUCACAAUAAUGCUUCUGAGAUUUCUUACAAACUCUUGACAAGCCAAAAACCAACCAUCAAGCCUGGUGACAGAGUGCUCUUGGUCUAUAUCCCGGGUCUCGAUUUCGUUGAUGCCUUCUUCGGAUGUCUGAGGGCUGGAGUCAUACCUGUUCCAACAAUUCCUCCCGAACCAUCACAGAAGGGUGGACAAGCAUUACUUCAUGUGGUUAAUAUUGCUAAAGCAUGCAAUGCAGUGGCAAUUCUGUCAACGCUUAGUUAUCACAUAACAAUUAUGGCUGUUUCUGCAAAAAACAUGGUAUUUCUUAAAGGAAACAACAAAUGCUCCCCGCGCUGGCCUGAUCUGCCAUGGUUGUAUACAGAUACUUAUGUCAAGAAAGCUAAAUUUUCCUCGUCAGGCAAUGAUGUAUCAAAAAUCUAUGAACCUUCAACAGAUGACUUGUGCUUUCUCCAAUUUACAUCAGGCUCGACAGGUGACGCCAAAGGAGUCAUGAUAACUCAUGGUGGACUCAUUCAUAACGUAAAGUUAAUGCGAAGAAGAUACAGGAGCACAUCAAACACAGUUUUAGUAAGUUGGUUACCUCAAUAUCAUGACAUGGGACUCAUUGGAGGACUUUUUACAAGUAUGGUGUCUGGUGGAUCUGCAAUUUUGUUUUCUCCGCUGACAUUUAUCAGGAAUCCCCUCUUAUGGUUGCAGACUAUGAGCACAUACCAUGCGACUCAUAGUGCUGGCCCCAAUUUUGCCUUUGAACUCCUCGUUCGCAGAUUAGAGUCAAGCAAAUCACAAAGUUUUGAUUUGUCCUCCAUGAUUUUUCUCAUGAUUGCUGCUGAACCAGUAAGAGCCACAACCCUUAGAAAAUUCCUUAAGCUGACUCAAUCUUUUGGACUCUCUCAAGAGGUUUUAUCUCCUGGUUAUGGAUUAGCAGAAAACUGUGUGUAUGUAAGUAGUGCAUAUGGAGAGGGUAAAGAGAUCAUGGUUGAUUGGCAAGAUAGGGUGUGUUGUGGUUACAUUAAUUCAGAUGAUGAAGACGUUGAUAUAAAAAUAGUUGAUCCUGAGACUGGUAUUGAGCUAUCUGAAAACGAAGGGGAGAUAAGGCUUAGAAGUCCAAGUUCAGGAGUUGGAUACUGGGGCAUGGAGGAGUUAAGCGAAAAGACUUACAGAAAUGAGAUUUAUGACCAUCCCGGGAAGAAAUAUAUGCGAACUGGAGACUUAGGACGAAUAAUUGAUGGGAAAUUAUUCAUCACUGGGAGAAUAAAAGAUCUAAUCAUUGUUGCUGGAAGGAAUAUAUACUCCUCGGAUAUUGAAAAAACAGUCGAGAUCUCAUCUGAGCUUAUACGACCUGGCUGCUGUGCUGCUGUUGGCGUUCCAAAAGAGAUUCUUAUGUCUAAAGGAAUAUCAGUUCAAGAAAUUACUGAUCAAGUUGGAUUGGUAGUAAUUGCGGAGGUUCGAGAAGUAAAGCCAGCUCUGAAAGAAAUCAUGAGACAUAUUCAGACAUGUGUUGCUGAAGAACAUGGCAUUGUUGCUGCUUCGAUUGUGUUGAUAAAACCAAGAUCCAUUAGUAAGACAACAUCAGGAAAAGUCAAGAGAUUUGAAUGUCUCAAAAAGUUUGCUGAUGGAGCUUUGAAUAUUGUCGAUCAGCUGGUUGCAGGAGAAAAAUCACCAGUUCCAUCCACGGAACAUAUAUCGCAAUCUCAAAUCAUGACAGAUCGCCAUUCAGUAAAUUCCAAUAUUAACAAGAGAGAUAUAAUCAAUUUUUUGAUGGUGCUUCUCUCUGAAAUGACUGGAACUUCUACUGUCGAAAUGUCGGCAACCGAAAGCCUUGUAUCUUAUGGAAUUGAUUCUAUUGGUGUGGUUCGAGCAGCUCAAAAACUUUCAGAUUUCCUCGGAGUUUCAGUUGGUGCAAUAGAUAUUUUUACAGCAACCUGCAUUGAUGACUUGGCAAAUUUUGCAGAGAAUCUUCUAAAGAAGUCCCGUCCUCAAUCAGUCGCCAGUUCAACCCAUUCUACAGAGACGAAAUUGAAAUCAAAAUCAACUUCAGCUGUUCUCAAGGCUUCUCCAACUCAUAAGCUGGGUAUUUGGCUGUUUCAACUCAUAGCACUUGCUUAUGUUUCCUUCUUGCUGAUAUUUCCUGCAUAUCUAUCAGUUUCUACAUUUACACAUUGGAUAUAUGCUGGCCACAAUCCGAUCCAGACAAGUCUCUACUUCGGCUAUUUGAUUUCUUUAGCGUGUGCUCCUCUUGCUUGGAUACUAUGCAUUUUCUUGACUAACAUUGCCAUAGCAUUCUUCGGGACUCCAUUUCUGCAACCAAAUUAUGCAUUGGUCCCUGAAAUCUCGAUCUGGUCCGUUGAAUUUGCCAAGUGGUGGGCACUUCACAAGGUUCAAGAAGUUUCUUCGAAAGUUCUUGCAGUUCACCUGAGAGGCACUGUGUUCAUCAACUACUGGUUUAUGAUGCUAGGAGCUAAGAUUCCAUCCUCUGCAUUGCUUGAUACAAUUGACAUCUCUGAUCCAUUUUUAGUGUCGAUUGGAGAAGAAGCCGUAAUUGCAGAAGGAGUACUGAUUCAAAGCCAUGAAGUGAAAAAUGGAAUCUUGAAUCUAUAUCCUACCAGAAUUGGUUCAAGAUCUUCAGUGGGACCAUAUGCUCUAAUUCAGAAAGGCGCUGUGGUCGAAGAUGGAGCUGAAAUUCUCGCCCUCAAUUCUGGUGGAGGCAACUCUGAGGCCAAGGUUUUUAAUGCUGAGAGUUUUCAAAAGGGAAAAAGGGUACAGCAAAUCAUCAGCAAAAAGAGUGGAAACACUGUAACGAUCAUUCAGCAGUUUUCUGGCAUCUACAUGAUUGGUUUUCUCAGCAGCUUAUCAGCAGCAAUGUCUUAUUUAAUCUACCUCCAGAUAAUGCAAAAACCUCCCUCACUUCAUCAUUUUGCUUUCUUCUGUUUAGCCGGAGCCUUCCAUUGGUUACCGUACACCAUCAUUGCAUGUGCAGUUAUGUUCACGAGCAUCCCUUCAAAUCCGAUCAAUUUUGCUAUAGCCAUAGCAAUGGCAUAUGCCACUUAUGGCCUUCUCCUCUGUUUCUUCACUUGCAUCUUGAACUACUGUAUUUCGGGAAAACAAGAUCAGUAUAAAGCACCAUUCAGAGCUUUUCUUCUUCGUCAAAUUAUGAUCGCCUGCCAUGUAAGAUUCGCCAAGUUUCUUACUGGAACAGAAGCUUUCUGCGCGUACUUGCGCUGUCUUGGAACAAAAGUUGGAAGUCAUUGUUCAAUUCGAGCCAUCAAUCCUGUGUCUAACCCCGAAUUGAUAUCAGUUGCGGAUGGAGUACACUUAGGGGACUUCAGCAGAAUUAUUCCUGGAUAUUACACCUCAAAUGGCUAUGUUCAAGGAAAGAUUGAGAUACAAGAUAAUUCAGUAGUAGGGUGUCAAAGUUUAGUCCUCCCUGGUUCUGUCCUUGAGGAAGACGUCAUUCUUGGGGCACUCUCGGUAGCUCCCAUAAGUUCAGUUCUUCAGAGCGGCGGUGUUUUUGUUGGGUCCCCAACUCCGGUUAUGGUUAAGAAUGCCUUUCAUUCUUUUGAUGAGAGGUUAGAGGAGAUGGACAUGAAGUAUAAGAAGGUGCUUGGGAAUCUUGCUGCAAAUUUGGCUGGCACAACUCUCAAAGUAAGAUCGAGAUACUUUCACCGGAUUGGCGCUGCUGGUAAGGGAUUUCUAAGGCUCUAUAACAACAUACCAACCUUGCCAGAUCAUGAAAUCUUCUCUCCCGGGAAGCAAUACCCAAUCUUGAUCCGGCACAGUAAUUGCUUAAGUUCUGAUGAUGAUGCAAGACUCGACCCACGUGGUGCAGCAAUAAGGAUCCUAUCAAGCAACGCUGAACAAAUAUCUCCACUGCUGGAUCUGACCCUAAAGACGGGCAAUGCAUUCCAUGCGCGAACUAUAGGUGACUUUGCAACAUGGCUCGUCUGUGGAGCUGCUGCACGAGAAGAGCAUGUGAAGCAUGCUCCACAUAUUCGCGAUGCAAUGUGGAGCUCCCUGAGAACAGCAGACUCUUACACAGAGCUCCAUUAUUAUUCAAACAUUUGCAGGCUCUUUAGAUUCAAGGAUGGACAAGAAAUGUAUGUCAAAUUUAAGCUGAGGCCUUUCGAUAGGAAGUUCGAUGAGGACACUGGCAAGGUAGAACCAAGGGGUAUACUUCCACCAGAAACAGGUGCAAUCCCAAGAGACGAGAAUGACAAGCGCCCUUUACUUUUCCUCGAGGAUGAUUUUCAGCAUCGAGUAAAUUCUCCAGAAAAGGUACGUUAUGUUCUUCAAUUGCAAACCCGGUCAGUCCCAGAGGAUGAAAUCACGCGAGAAAAUGCACUUGACAUCACCAAGCCAUGGGAUGAAACUGAGUUUCCAGUCGUUGAUGUGGGAGAGGUAACCAUUGAUGAAGUGCUCACCAAGGAAGAAUCCGAAGAGCUGGAGUUUAAUCCGUUUCUCAGAUGUCGUGAAGUGGACGUCAUCAGGGCAACAUCAUGCAAUCAGAGUGCGUCGAUGGAUCAUGGCCGUUCAAUAGUAUAUGCAAUAUGCCAACAUCUGCGCAACAAAAAGCCUCUUCCCGAGGCUUGGAAGAUGUUCUUGGAUCAAUCUGAUGUGAAAGUCGACCUCUCUGGUUGUCCAAUGGCAGCUGCAUUCGAGAACAAGACUGCAAGAGAAGUGACAUUGGCUAGACCUUGGUAUGUAACUAUGUGGCUGAUGUCGGGUCAACCAUUUCUACAAACUUUCCUACCUUAUUUUCUGAUGGGAUUAGUGAUAUUUGCUCCUCUGAACUUCAUCUUCUACGUAAAUAAGAUCACAAUGAUUAAGAUGUAUUGGUUGCUGCCAAUCUUUUGGCUUUCUUCCGGAAUUUUAGGAGGACUUGUUUGUGCUGUGAGUAAAUGGAUUCUCGUGGGAAGAAAGAAUGAAGGUGAAGUAGAGCCGAUUUGGAGUGCAGGGAUAUUUAUGGACACUACUUGGCAGGCUAUAAGGACACUAGUUGAAGAAUAUUUCAUGGAAAUGACAGGAGGAUCAUUUUUGUUCGGAAUUUGGAUGAAACUCAUGGGGGCAGAAAUCGCCUGGGACGAAGGAGUUUAUGUAGACAGCACGGGUGCAAUUUUGAAUCCUGAACUGAUUAGGAUUGAAGAAUAUGGCUCUAUCGAACAAGAGGCUUUGCUCUUCGGGCACAUAUAUGAAGGUGAGGGAGGGAAAGUGAAGUACGGGAAGAUUGUGGUUAGAAAAGGCGGGUUUGUGGGAAGCCGAGCAGUGGCCAUGCCUGGAGUGACUGUGGACAACGGGGCAACACUCGGGGCCCUCUCGUUAGCGAUGAAGGGAGAGUUUGUCAUAUGA